UGGAGACCAGUGGGGACGUGGAAAUCUGUCCUGAGAGUCCGCAGCCGGGACCCGGUAGCCCGUUCCUCUGUUUGCACAGCCGUUAGAAUCGAAACGGGAACCUCUUCAGCUGGGAGGUUGUGCGUUUGUGUCUUUGUUUUAGUGUUGCGUUCAUGUGAGGAGCGGCCAAGAAGAGAAGGAUGAAACUUAAGGAGAUCAACCGUACAGCCAUCCAGAGCUGGAGUCCUGCUCAGCAUCACCCUAUCUACCUAGCAACAGGAACAUCGGCUCAACAACUGGACGCCUCCUUCAGUACCAAUGCCUCCUUAGAGUUCUUUGAGUUGGACUUGGCUGAUCCGUCUCUGGACAUGAAGUCCUGUGGCAGCCUCUCCUCCGCUCACAGAUAUCAUAAACUGGUGUGGGGUCCGUUCGGCAUGGACGCCCAGGGCUACCCAUCUGGUGUCUUGGUUGCCGGCGGGGAGAACGGGGACGUCAUUCUCUACGACUCUGCCAAGAUCAUGGCUGGAGAGAGCGACGUCAUCAUAGCUCAGAGCGACAGACACACGGGGCCGGUCAGGGCCCUCGACGUCAACCACUUCCAAACAAACUUGAUUGCAUCUGGAGGGAACGAAUCAGAAAUCUACAUCUGGGACAUGAAUAAUUUUGGAUCUCCAAUGACACCAGGACCUAAAGCACAGCCUCAGGAGGACAUCAGCUGCGUGUCGUGGAACAAACAAGUCCAGCACAUCCUGGCCUCGGCCAGUCCUAGUGGCAGAACCUCAGUGUGGGACCUCCGAAAGAACGACCUCAUCAUCAAAGUCAGCGACCACAGCAACAGAAUGCAUUGCUCUGGACUGGCCUGGAACCCUGAAGUGGCCACUCAGCUGGUCUUGGCCUCAGAGGACGACCGGAUGCCGGUCAUCCAGAUGUGGGAUUUGCGUUUUGCUACCUCUCCUCUCAAGAUUUUAGAGCAUCACACACGGGGAGUCCUGGCCAUCGCUUGGAGUCUGGCUGAUCCUGAGCUGCUUCUUAGCUGCGGGAAGGACAGCCGGAUUCUGUGCUGGAAUCCAAACACAGGAGAGGUUCUGUAUGAGCUGCCCACCAGCAGCCAGUGGUGCUUCGACAUCCAGUGGUGCCCCAGGAACCCUGCGGUGCUGUCGGCUGCAGGCUUCGACGGACACAUCGACAUCUACUCCAUCAUGGGAGGCAGCAGCCAGGCGCAGAGCCAGAGACAUGCAGAUCAGAUCAGCAACUCCUUUGGGAACAUGGAUCCAUUUGGGACGGGACAAACGCUGCCUCCGCUGCAGCUGCCUCAGGCUGCCACUGCUCCAGCUACAGUCAACCCCCUCAAGAAGCCCCCCAAGUGGAUCCGCAGGCCAGUGGGAGCCUCCUUUGCUUUUGGAGGGAAGCUGGUCUCUUUGGAGAACGCAAAGCCUCCGCAGCCUCAGCAGCAAGGAUCCCAUGUUGUUCACAUCAGUCAGGUUGUCACAGAAACUGACUUUUUGAAGCGCUCCGAUCAGCUGCAGGCCACCUUGAGCUCAGGCAGCUUUGUGGACUUCUGCCAGGAGAAGAUCAGUGCAGCUGACAACGAGUUUGAGAGAACAGUCUGGUCCUUCCUGAAGGUGAAUUUUGAAAGCGAUGUCCGCAGCAGAUACCUGGAGCUCCUGGGUUACAACAAAGAGGAGGUCGCCUUAAAGAUUUCUGCAGCUUUAGAGGAGAAACCUGCAGACACCCCUCAGCUGGACUCCGGUUCUGCCUCCCUGCAGCCUAUAGCAGACCUCAGCCUGGCGCCACCCGCCGACACUCCAGAGGCAGCUUUCGACUUGAUCGCCGCCUCAAACCUCCUGCCUGCAGCUACGCUGGAGCUGAACUCCACUCCUGAUCCAGACAGCGAGGAGCCAGCAGAACAGGAAGAUGUUCAGGACAAUCAACUGGACGCACACAUGGACCAGGAGGAGGAGGAGGAGAAGAAGCAGGAAGAAGAGGAGGAGAUUCCUCUGAAUGAUGAGGUGACGGCCCACGUGGAGGUGGAGGAGAGCAGCCCCGUUAAGACGCCAGCAGAGAUCCCACCUCCGGUUCCAACUCCUGCAGGAGGAGUCAGUCUCAGUGUCAGCCAAGAUGUGGACGGGCUGAUCACCCAAGCUCUGCUGACUGGAGACUUCGAAGGCGCUGUGGAGCUCUGUCUCCAUGACAACCGGAUGGCAGACAGCAUCAUCCUGGCGAUCGCCGGAGGAGCCGACCUCUUGGAGAAAACCCAGAGGAAGUAUUUCAACAAAGCCAACAGCAAGAUCACCAAGCUGAUCAGUGCCGUGGUCAUGAGGGACUGGCACGACAUCCUGAGGACGUGUAACCUGCAGAACUGGAGGGAGGCUCUGGCUGCGGUGAUGACCUAUGCUCAGCCUGAGGAGUUCUCUUCCCUAUGCGACCUUCUGGGCAGCAGACUGGAGGCAUCAGAGGACACCCAGCUUCAGUCUCAGGCCUGUCUGUGCUACAUAUGUGCGGGUAACGUGGAGAAGCUGGUGUCCUGCUGGAGCAGAGCCCAGGAGGGGCAGUGCCCUCUCUCCCUGCAGGACCUGGUGGAGAAGGUGGUGGUGCUGCGUCGAGCUGUGGAGCUGACCCAGCGCUCAGGUCCCGCCGCCAUCGGCGUCCUGCUGGCUGAGAAGAUGAGUCAGUACGCCAGCCUGCUGGCCUCUCAGGGCAGCCUGUCCACCGCCAUCACAUACCUGCCCGACAACACCAACCAGGCUGCCGUGCAGCAGCUGCGUGAUCGUCUCAGUCGGGCUCUGGGGCACCAAGCGGCUCCAGCACAAACUCACAGAGCUGCCUCUCAGCUGCCCAGCCGUCCAGCUCAGCACGGCUCAGCCCCUCCCCAGCCUCCGUUCUCCCAGGUCCGGCCGGCGAUGGUCCCUCAACCUGCUGCAGGAGCGCCGGCGCCUACAGCUCCCUCUGCCCCACCUCAGCCACAGUAUUACCAGCCGGUGAGGGCUGCCUCCACUGUCACCUCCUGGAGUAACCAAACUCCCACAGCCCUCCCAAAUGUCCCUCCUCAUGUAGGCAGCGCCCCCGACCAGCAGGCGGAGCCUCCAAACCCCAUGUACGGCCUGCCGGCCUCCAGCACACCCGCGGCCCCUCUGACCUCUUCCACUCCUGCCUACAUGUACUCCCACCAGUACCAGCCCUACCCCCAGGUCAACCAGUACCCGCCUGGAGCUGGGGGGGCUCCUAUCUAUCAGCCUCUUCAGUUUUCUUCCACUGCUCCUCCUCAAGGUCCUGCUGAGCCAAACUCUCCUCCUCAUCCUCCCGGCUUCCUCUCUCAGUACACACAACCCGUCCCGUCUCAGCAGGCGCCUCCUCUUUAUCCAGGACAGCCUCCUGCCAGCCAGGGCCUGUCUUCGUCUCCUCCCUCUCACCCUCCUUUCUUUCCCACUUCCUCUUCCUUCUCCGCUCCUCCGUCCUCCGGAGCGUCUUUCCAGCAUGGCGGGCCAGGAUCUCCUGUGUCGUACAUGCCUCCUCCUCUCCAACCUCCAUCAGGCGGAGCCUCAGGUACACAGAGAGACAGCGAGCUGAUCGCCGCCUCUCAGAGAACAGGACCUCAGAACGGUUGGAACGACCCUCCAGCUCUGACCCGAGCACCAAAGAAGAAGCAGGUCCCAGAGAACUACACCCCACCUGCUCCCAUCACCGCCCCUAUUUUGACCCCGCUGGGCGCCGACCCACACACACAACCCAUUUCCUCUGGAACCCCACAGGCAAUGGUGCAGGGUCACCAUGGUAAUCAGGUCCAGUACGCAGGCAUGCAUCAGACCCAGCUCCCCUCCCAAAGCAUGAAUCCUGCAAAUCCAAACUCCAACAUGGAGGGCGCACCUGGAGCACCAACUGGAGAUGCCAUCCAGCCUCUGCAAUCAAUCCCUGCUGAGAAGAUCACAAAGAAGCCCAUCCCUGAUGAACACCUGGUCCUAAAGACCACAUUCGAAGGGCUGAUCCAGAAGUGCUUGACUGUAGCUACAGAUCCUCAAACCAAGAGGAAACUGGACGAUGCCAACAAACGCUUGGAAGCUCUCUAUGACAAACUUAGAGAGCAGACGCUGUCUCCUGCCAUCAUAGGAGGGCUUCACAACAUCGCGAGGACCAUCGAGUCUCGUUCCUACACAGAGGGCCUCAAUAUCCACACCCACAUCGUCAGCAACAGCAACUUCAGCGAGACGUCGGCCUUUAUGCCCGUACUGAAGGUGGUGCUGACGCAGGCCAACAAGCUCGGCGUUUGAGGUCCGAGUGGCCCGAGGCGGAGCAGAGUCCAUCAUCCGCUUCUUCCGCCUUCAUUUGACUUGAGCUGCAAAUGACUUCUGAGUUUUUCAACAGUAAUGCUCAGCUUUUCCUUUGUGCCAUUCGUGUUUUUUACGAUGCAACUCCAAACAAGCCAUGCGGUCAGUCGCGCUCAGUGGUGAAAGUAACUACGGGGUCAAAUAAAGGGCUUACAGAAACACCAUGUCGACCUUUACGUUGGCUGGCAAACUCCAAAAAAGGGGGUUUGAUUCAAAUGCAAAAUGAUGGUGAAAUCGGGGGAAGUUGAUUAAUAUGCAAAACUCUUUUUAAGGUAAAAUCAAAUCAAACGAAUUGCUAAAAGAAUAUAAGAGAUGUUUAAGGGCAUGUCUGCGUUCCAAAUCAGUGUUAUGAUCUCCCAAAUUAAAGCUACUAAUGAUUCAUGGAUUUCUGCUGCAUGCUUUAAGCUAAGAUUCAUGCAAUAAUACAGGUUUUAGAUUUAGGAAAACUUAGCUUGUUCAUUUUUAUCUGUGCACUACAUCAGCGCUUUGUUACUUUAUGGUCCAGGAUCUCAUCCAUGGUUAGAUUUUAGCUGCAGGCUUACGUUGGUUUUGCUGCUUACAGACAUCUUGCUUUUUUUUUUAUUCAAUCUGCAGCUAUUAAAAACUGGGCAUUAUAUAAUCGUUGCCAGCUGCUGUUUAAAUACGUUUGUGUUGUCAGCUCACUUACUUUCACCACUGGUGUCACUGCAGUCAACACAUUGGACCAGCCUGUUGUCAGUCUGCAGCAGUGGAGUCCCUGGUGUUGAGAAUUUUCAGGUUUUAUUUCAUUUUGUUUGAUUUCGUUUUUUGUUUGUCCUUUUUUUUUUUAGCUGUGUAAUCAUGAUGCUCAGCCAUGUGCAAUGAACUUUACAGAAACAAGCUUUUUAUGGUAUUUCAACCAAACGCAUGCUCUCACACAUGCUCGACUGUCUUUAAAGAGUCGGAGGUAAUUAUGUGCUAAUUAAUCGGACCUCAGAGGGAAACUGGAAGGAGGCUUGUACUUGAUAUUCAUUCCAGCAAUGAUGAGGGCCGCAGCCUGAGUGGUCGACCUCACUUUCUGUUCUGUUCUAGAAGAAAACAAGUCUUUGUUGUUUUUUGACUGACUACAGGCAAUAUUUUCAAUAAAUAGUAUUUAU